AUGUUGCAGACCAAGUUUGAGAAAUUUUUCGAGAAGAUUGAUUUAACAAUGUUAAAUAGGCUUAUCUGUUUGGUUUUAGACCACAACAUUACUGAUUAUGUCACUGCAAAAAACAAUGUUUUCUUGUCUUAUGGUCUGGUAUUGGAUCUUUUGCUUCUUGGAUUGACUCGAGCAAGUGAGAUUGCUGGACCGCCGCAAAUGCCUAAUGAGUUCAUUACUUACUAG